AUGAGUGCCCCUAUGUAGCGGUGUCAUGUACCUGUCUCGCACACAUGCACCAUCCAUUCGGACUGCACAACGACACAGACACCGCCCGAACUUCGGCGUCGGUACCGCCGGAAUGUACAACCGCCGCUAUCGUACAAAUUUCAUGUUCGAGGCUUCGAUUAUAGCCGUGGAGAAGUGCAUCUGUACGCUAUGAGCGUGUUGGACCGCGCUCAUUAAGAUGCACCAGGUGUUGGAGAAGCAAGGAAGCCGAAUGUCCGACCACAUGCUCCACGCCCCUCGCCACAUGGGUUGGAAGGGGCGCAAUGGCGGCAACAUUGUAGUCAAUGAAUGUUCAGUAACGGCUAUCAGUACGUCCGCAUGGCGCGGCCAGCACCCCAUUGCGAAUUGUGCAUCGUGCGCACCCGGCCGCCUAUUAGACGUUAUUUGCAGCGGGGGUGCGCCCGUUGGAGUAGUUCAAUAUUACAGUGCAAGAGGCGCACGCGAUGGCUCCACGUAAUACGAGCGCCGGCCCCACCUGAGUUGGUACAAACAC